AUGCUUAUCAAGAAGGGUAACAGGGAGGCUUUCUUUGAUGUUUCUUUGAUUAAAGUGACCAUGUCAUCGAAUGGAAAGGUGGACUGCUAUGACAAAGGACUAUACUUUAUUCCAGAAGAUAUUGAUGAAGACACUCAUUCCUUGCUACUGGCCUACAAUAAAAUCAACAGCCUGAAGACCAUGUCAUUCUACAAAUACCCAAACUUGAAACACCUUGAGCUUCAAAACAAUAUAAUAUUUAGUAUUCACCAUCAGACUUUUCAAAACCUGAAGAACCUCACCUACUUGGAUCUAAGCAGCAACCAACUGAUGGUUUUAAGACCUGAGAUUUUUCAGGCACUGUCCAGUCUAACAACUUUGAAUCUGGGAAACAACCGAAUUUCCUGGCUACCUGGGAAUGUGUUGGAGUCUUUGACAAACCUGCAAGUCCUUCAUCUGCAUAGUAAUUACUUGACUGGCUUGAGAGUAGACAUUCUGUACAAGUUACCGUCUCUUGUGGAAUUGAGGUUGGAUGGGAAUCCUUGGGCCUGCACUUGUCAUAUACAGUAUCUUCUUUCCUGGAUGAUCGACCAUUCUGAAAAAAUUUACGAAAAGCAGCGGACACUGUGUGGGAUUCCAAAGUACCUGAACCAGUAUCCGGUGCUUCAGAUUCAACGCAGCUCUUUCGACCACUGCCAGGACUUCAUAACGCUUUAUGAAUAUCUCUACUUUCUGUUGAUUGGUAUUGCAUUGUUUUCUGCCAGCAUAGUGCUGUGUCUCCUCACAGGGGUGACUGUUGUCUUCUACAAUCGGCAAUUACUGCAAGCACGACAGAGGCCGCACGUGUACAAGAAUAAAGCUGCCAGAAAACGAGAGGAUGUCAUCCAUGGUCACUACCUACCAACAUGCUAA